CUGGUGUAGUGGCAACAGCAUGCAAGGCACAUCGUGCGCCAAAGAGUCUGACGCAGUCAGUGUUGACACACGAUGAGGCGUGUCUCUCCACUCACGCACACACACACGCACACACACACACACAUGCAGUCAAUUACUCUCACUCACGGCACCACCACCCACCAGGACGGAUUCGACCGUGGCGGGGGCGUCUCGAGCCGCUCAUUGUACAUGUCGCUCUCAAUCCUAUCCUCCCGUGUGUGGAAUACUCUAAUGGCCUUUGCCGCAAAGAACUCGAGGACUGCUCGGGCUGACCCCUGCUGCCCCUGCUUCUCGCCCCCUCUGCGGGCCGUCUUGCGGGUCUGAUCACGGCCGUCAUACACACCGCACCACGGGAUCUAAGACAAAUGCACACACGCGAGAGAUGCACUGACAGGGAGAGGACAGGAUUCUUCCCUACCGUGGCGUUGACGCCGGGCUGUACUUGGAUGGUCUGGUGCAUGCGGUCGCCGCAGAAGUCAUGGCCUGCGAGGAUGGCCCCGCUCCUCAUCUUGGGCCAGAAGUCGUGUAGGUCCUUGAGCACCGAGUCGUAGUGGUGCGACCCGUCGAUAUACAGAAAGUCAAAAUACGAGUCGGAAAAGUUGCCGGCAAUGUCCCAACUGAAGCCCUGAUGGACAGACACAAACAUAGAGACCGGUGCGUGACCAGCCAUGAUUUUCUUUCUUACCUGGUGCCAGGUAACAUUGACCUUUGCAGCCCUGCCCUCAUAAUGCAGCAAGUCCCGCCUCGUCUUGAACUCAUGCCGAUCCCGCAACUCCAUCAGCUCAAACCUCUCCGGCCGCCAUAUGCGGAUGAGCCGGUCGCUGAACUCCAUCCCAUACACGCCUAUCUCACCUCCCACGCCGCGCCCCUGCCAGCCGAAGUAAUUCAGCAAGAAGGGGAAGGCGUCACGAGUAGAGAUCAACCGCAUGUACUCAGCCGAUGUGAGCUCCUUCUCCUCUCUGGUAAGAUUUCCUGGCGCGUGGCUGGCCAAUCUGAUGCCGCGCUUGUCUGUGGCCGCAGCAAUUCGCUGGAUUUCGUGUUGUUGCACUGGAGAGCUCGUGGCCGACACAAGUCUGAUGCGGCUCUCCUGCUCUUUGACCCUCUUCUGCAGCCCCUGCACGAUCGUCCUGAGGUCAGCGAUGAGUUGCUUCUUCUGCUCCAGCUGCCGCUGCAGAGAAAGGUCCUCUUUGCGGGGCCUUUGCUGGCGCUGCUGCCGCUCAUUUGUUGCAGGCCUUCUCAGCAAUGUGCGGUCAUCGACAAGGUCGGAUGGGAAGCCGCAGUGUCGCUGCAUGAGCCACACGAGGGUGAUGGAAGUCGCCAUGAGCACGAUAGAGGCGCACAGGAUGGCGCGGACGAACAGAUCUGCGCGGCCCUUCAUCGCUGGCCAAAGCGGCUUGGAUCCACGAAUGCCAGG